ACAGACCGGUGCUUGUUCAUCUUCCUCCUGUUGUUAUGUUUUCAUUGGAAACCGAUCCGAUCUCCAUUGUGGUUUUGUGAAGAUCGGUGGUAGCGGGAUAAGAAUCGAUUUCUGUCGCUGAUCGGAAAUUCUGUUCUUCAGUUGUUUUCAGGUUAGUUACUUCCCUUCCACCGGAGAUGUCUUCGGCUCAAGAUCCGUUCUAUAUCGUAAAAGAGGAGAUUCAAGAAUCUAUUGAUAAGUUACAAUCUAGCUUUCGACAAUGGGAGCGAAUUCCUCCUGAUACUGGAGAGAGAGUGAGUCUCUCCAAAGAGCUGCUUGCUAGUUGCGAGAGCAUUCAGUGGCAGGUGGAUGAAUUGGACAAAGCAAUUGCUGUGGCAGCUAGAGACCCUGCAUGGUAUGGGAUUGAUGAAGUUGAACUCGAAAAACGGAGAAGGUGGACUAGCACUGCGCGUACCCAGGUAGGGAAUGUGAAGAAAGUUGUUAUAGCUGGGAAGGAGAAUGGUAAUAGUGCAAGUGCCAUGCACCGAGAAUUGAUGAAGCUUCCCAAUUCUCACCAGCCUGAUAGAUCCAACCAAUACUAUGACCAAGAUAAUGAUGAUUUUAUAGCAUCAGAAUCAGAUAGACAAAUGCUGCUUAUAAAACAGCAAGACGAGGAAUUGGAUGAGCUUAGUGCUAGUGUUCAGAGAAUUGGUGGUGUUGGACUUACCAUACAUGAAGAACUCCUUGCACAAGAGAAGAUCAUAGAUGAGUUGGGCAAUGAAAUGGAAAGUACAUCAAAUCGCCUGGAUUUUGUUCAGGUCAUUUUCUUCCUCUAGCUGAGCAUUUCCUACAAGGGUAGAUUUGAAAGCCAUUCUGUGUUUUGAAAUUUAAGACUUGUGCCUUUUGUUUCCAGAAGCUAACUUGAGCUCGAACACGCAGUGCAGUAAUUUUAAACUUGAGAAUUUUAAUUUGGUGGAAGUUACUAUUUUUUCUUGCAGAAAAAAGUGGCCAUGGUCAUGAAGAAGGCCGGUGCCAAGGGCCAGAUUAUGAUGAUACUGUUUUUGCUUGUUUUGUUCAUCAUUCUAUUCAUUCUGGUCUUCUUUACCUAGUCCAAGACUCAAGAGAAGAGUCCAUUCUCUGAUGUACAUACAUGAGAGACAGAUGGUCAAUGGAAUUAACUAUGGAGCUUCUAUCAGGCACACAAAAGGUAAUGAACAAAAGAAUUCACUUGUGAGAUCUUGCAGUGUUGAAUAAGAGUGCGUUUGGGAUUGUGGUUGAAAGUGUUUCUUUGUAACUGUACGAUGCUUUUAAAUAUAGGUAUGUUUGAUAA